AUGAAAAAUUAUUCUAAAUCAUUAGUAUAUUACAAAAAACAUCUAACACUAGUCAAAUGCAUAUUACCCGCUAAUCAUCCAGAUUAUGCUAAAGCGUACAAUAGAAUAGCAAAUGUUUACGAAAAAAUUGGAAAAUUAGAAUUUGCAUUAAAAUAUCAUGAGAAAGCAUUUGUAAAUCAAGAUAAAUAUAAAUCAAAAUUUCUUGCAAAUACUUAUAAAUCAAUUGCAAAAAUUUACUUUGCUAAUAAUAAUUACUUACAAGCUAUUGAACAUUUUGAUAAAGCACUUAAAAUUCAUAUGAACAAUACAAUGAAAUUAGAUGAAGAUACGAUUAUUGAUACUUACAGAAGACUCGGUCGUACUUAUAUUCAAGAAAAUAAUUUAGAUAUGGCAUUAGAACAAUAUAAAAAAGCUUUAUCUUUUAAUUUACAUAAAGCAUCAAUUUUUGUCGAUAUUGGCCAUCUUCACAGACUAACAGGUGAUGGUAAACUAACAAUGACAAAUAUGAUCAAAGGAUGGAAUUGUUAUCGAAAAUAUCCGUCUUUUAGUGAAACUGAUAUUAACAAUAUUAUUUAUAUAUAUGAUACAAUUGGACAAUUACAUCAGAAAAAACAAAACUAUUCAACUGCUUUAAAGUAUUACUUUUCAAAAUUAAAAAUUGAAAAACUUCUCAUUUCAUCCGCAUCAAAAUCUUUAUUUACCACUUAUCAUCGAAUUUGUAUGUGUUAUUAUGAUUAUGGAAAGUAUCGAAAAGCGUUAAAACACUAUUUCCUCGCCUUAAAAUAUCAGACUAUAUCGAAAUUACCAGUCCGAGUAUAUGUAUUUUUAGCAAAACUUUUAAUUAAAUUAAAACAGUAUCGGAUAGCACUAAAAGUUCUUCACAAAGGUCUCACAUUGAUAGACGAAGAAAAUGACGAAGAUACAACAAUUUACUCUUGUUUAGGUGUUUUAUACUUUAAAAUGGAAAAAUAUCAUAUCUCAUUAAAGUGUUUUGAAGAAACGCUGAGAAUUCAAUUGAAAUGUUUACCUCAAUAUCAUUCAGAAUUUUCGGUAACUUAUCAAAAUCUUGGUGAAUUAUACAAAUGGAAAAUGGAUUACGUAGCAGCAUUGAAUAUUUUUAAACGGGCACGUGAAAACGCGUUAAUGUUGUCAAAUGAGUCCACGUUUAUUAGAAAAGUAGAGAAAGAAAUUGAAGAUCUAAAGACUAUGCUGAAUUCUCAACCAAUAUAGUAGACUGGACUGCACACACCAUUUAUGUGAUAUGAGUAAAUAAUGUGAAAUUGUUCGAAGAUUCAUAAACUGAAACCACACCG